AUGAAGCAGAAGAAGGUUGAUAUUAAGCAAGCCGACUCAACAAAUACUGACACUAAGCCAGAUGAUUUGAAUAAAACUGAUCUCAAGAAGUCUCAUCCUUAUUACCUGAUUUCUCUAAGUCCAGACACUAAGAAUGGCAGCGUCUACAACAUCAAAUAUGUCUUCCACGUCAAGGUGAAAAUUGAGCGAUACAGGAAUCCCAUAGUUGUCACAAAAUGCCAUAGGUGCCAAGGGUUUGAACUUGGCACCUCCCACUGCAAUCAUCCUCCAAACUGUGUUAAGUGUGGUGGACCUCGCCUUACAAUGGGCUGUAAGAAGGAACGAAUGAGCGAACCGGCCUGCGUAAACUGCAAAGGAGCGCACACUUCAAGCUACAGGAAAUGUCUAAAGUACAUUGAACAGCACAAUCCAACUUAUGAAAUGAAAACGGUUAAAGGGAAAGGCAAAUUUUAUGCUCUCGAAUGCGAUAUUGCAAAAGAAGAAGACGCUACUAAAAUAUUUAAUUGGGGAAAGAAUAAUUUAGGCAGUGCCCAUGUUCUUGUGAACAAUGCUGGAACUGUAAGUCCCGGAAAAAUAAUAGACACAAACAAAGAAAUCUGGGAUAAACUCAUUGGUGUGAACAUUACGGGAUUAUUUUACUGUAGUCAGCAAGCCGUGAAGAUGAUGAAGGAAUCUCACAGUUUUUUCAGUACUUAA